CCGUCAGAUUGUCGGGCUCGGUUAGUCGGGUCUUCAGUACUUGGUUUGUAUGGAUCCGACUUAUGUCGGGGCAGUUAAAAUUGACCCGAUAUAAUAAUAAAUAACUUUGCCGAAGACGAAAAUGGUGGAUAAACCCUUGGCCGCAGAGCGAAAACCAUGGCGACAUUUCUUCUAUCUCCCUCUCUUUUCUUAAACCCUAUCGAUUCUCUCACGCUUCCAUCUGCAGGAGCUAGAAGGGAUCUCUACCCUUUCGCUAAGCUUGUCCUGCAGCAUUGGCGACGGUGCAGACCUCGAGCAACCAUCAAUGGCGCCGACAACGAAUCCACCACCAACGGAGCUGUGGAAAUGGAAUCCUCCGCAAAACCCUCUCGCCGUGGCCGGAAGAAAAAGUCCACCGCCGAGUCCUCUCCCUCUCCCGCCGCCACUGCUUCUCCGCCGAAAAGGACGAGACGGUCGAAGAAAGCAAUUGAAGAGAAAAACGACGCCGUAGACGUGACCACCGCGAAGCAAGCGGCUCCGGAGCCGGAAUCCGACGAGGAAUUAGGCGAAUACGACGACGGAAUUGAUUUCCCGUACGACUCCCCGCCGUUGAUAUGCUGCUUCGGCGCCGCCCACAGGGAAUUCGUUCCGACGGUGAGGGUGCACGACAACCAGAUGCACCCAGAUAUGUACUCAGAGUGGAAAAUGCUCCAGUGGGAUCCCCCGGAGUUCGCCAGGGCUCCCGGCGGCUCGCCGUCAAACGUGGCAAUUUCGCACGUGCGGCUGGGGGGCAGGGCGGCUUUCAUGGGGAAAGUUGGGGACGAUCAUCUUGGUGAGCAGGUGGUGUUGAUGAUGAACAAGGAGAGGGUCCAGACUCGAGCUGUGAAGUUCGAUGAGAGCGUUAGAACGGCUGCCACUCUCAUGAAGGUCAAGUUUGAAAAUGGGAAAUUGAAGAUGGAGACGGCCAAAGAAGCUGCAGAGCAUUCGCUUCUGACCUCCGAAUUGAACCUCUCCGUGCUCAAAGAGGCCAGAAUCUUCCACUUCAACUCGGAAGUUCUAUCCUCGCCGUCAAUGCAAUCAACCCUAUACAAAGCAAUCAAAUGGUCCAAACAUUUCGGCGGGCUAAUCUUCUUCGAUUUGAACCUCCCUUUGCCACUAUGGAAGGAUCGAGACGAGACGCGGGAGUUGAUCAAUAGAGCAUGGAGAGAAUCACACAUCAUUGAGGCGUCAAGGCAAGAACUUGAAUUCCUACUGGACGAGAGGCACUAUGAAAGGGUCAAAAAUUACAAGCCGCAGUACUACUCUGACAACUUCCAGCAAACAAAGGACAGAAGGAACUACCACCAUUACUCCCCCGAGGAGAUCUCUCCACUUUGGCACGACAAUCUCAAGUUCCUGUUUGUGACGGAUGGAACGUUAAGGAUUCAUUACUAUGGUCCGAAGUUUCAUGGGACCAUAGUUGGGACGGAGGAUGUGCUCAUAACCCCGUUCACCUGCGACAGAACAGGAUCUGGGGAUGCAGUUGUGGCUGCCAUCAUGAGAAAGCUGACUACUUGUCCUGAGAUGUUUGAAGACCAGGACGUUCUGGAGAGGCAGCUUCGGUUUGCUAUUGCGGCUGGGAUCAUAUCGCAAUGGACAAUUGGUGCUGUGAGAGGGUUUCCUACGGAGAAUGCGACCCAGAAUCUCAAGGAGCAGGUUUACGUGCCUUCCAUGUGGUAGGGUUUUGGAUCUUUCUAAUGUAAGCCAGAUCAGUUUUGUUAGGAAUUCAGCAGAGCAUUGAUUCGUGUUAGGCCUGGCAGCACAGCUUGACAAACUGGGCAAUGGGAAGUGGGUCUUUCUGCCUGCCCAAAUACAGCCAUGAUCUUUUGGCCUAGAAUUCAGUUGCAUGAAUUGACAGGAUACAGAGGGAAAAGCUCUCGCAUCUUGGGUAGUGAAUAGCUUGCCAUUUUCAGGCACUGAAUCAGUCACUGUUUUAUCAGCUUAAAGGUGGCGUUGUGCCUCUGAUUUCAUUUGCAAUCCUUUUGGAACUUUUUUAUUGGGUUUCAUUCAUUGCACACAAUCUUACAAGCUCAUCAUCAUGAAUCCAGUCCAGUAGACUUCAUUAUCUAUUGCCAAAGGAAAUGCCAUUGGACUCCUCGUGGGUGGGGUGGGUGAGUGACCUCUGUCCACCACCAGCAACCGGAGUCCACAGAUGGCGAUUGGCACGAUCUAGCUCAGUCUCCGGCCAAGUCAAUAAUAAUGAUAAACAGAGAAAGUGUUAAGAUUUGAAAAAAUAGGUUGGAUGAACAAUGAAAAAACGAAAGCAAAACCACACCCUUCUUCCUGCUUCCUUUAACCCACUCGACUGGGUUCAUUCAUCAGAGUAUUAGUUGUAUUGCCUUUCUGUGCCUCCUUUUUACUUCAUCGUAUAAACUAAACCCACUAUAGGUAGGAUCAACUAAAAAAAUUACAAAGUC